AUGACUAGCGAAUUCCUGGCGGAGCUGCAUUGGGAGGAUGGGUUCGCCAUCCCGGUGGCGAAUGAGGAGAACAAGAUACUGGAAGAUCAGUUGUCAAAGAUGCAGCGUGAAAGAUCAAGCUUGCAAGAUCAGCUACGUGACUAUGAAGAUCGAAUUAAUGCUAUGACUUCUCACUUCAAGAAUGUUAAGCAAGAGUUUUCAUUUACACAGUCUCUUUACAAAGCAAGGGAGCAUGAGAUUGAAAGUGAAGAACAUUUUAAGGCCAUUGCUGAAAGAGAAUUGGGACGAGUGAAGGAUGAAAUCCAACGACUGGAAAAUGAGAUGGCUUCAAUACAGGAAAGGAAAAGUGAUAAGGAAAAUGGCAUAUUUAAAGCUACUCAAAAAUUGGAUGGUUUGAAAUGUCAAAUGAACUGGGAUCAGCAAGCAUUGGAAGCCUGGUUAGAAGAAUCAGCUCAUAAAGAUAGUGAUGCCCUCACUCUUCAGAAAUAUGCACAACAAGAUGAUAAUAAAAUUAGGGCACUGACCCUGCAAUUAGAAAGACUAACUUUGGAAUGUAAUCAGAGAAGAAAAGUACUUGACAAUGAACUUACAGAGACUCUAAGCGCACAGUUAGAAUUGGAUAAAGCAGCACAAGAUUUUCGUAAGAUUCAUAAUGAAAGACAAGAACUCAUUAAACAGUGGGAGAACACAAUAGAACAGAUGCGGAAGAGGGAUCAAGACAUAGACAACUGUGCCUUGGCAUUAGCAAGGAUAAAGCAGGAAACAAGAGAAAAAGAAAGUUUGGUUAAGGAAAAGAUCAAGUUUUUGGAAAGUGAGAUUGGGAAUAACACAGAGUAUGAGAAAAGAAUCUCUGCUGCUGAUCGUAAACUUUUAAAAUGUAGGACGGAAUAUCAGCACCACGAAACUAAUAGAAGUCAACUGAAGGAUGAGCUGGAUUCUUUAAAAGCCACUGUGAAUAGAACUUCCAGUGAUUUAGAAGCUCUGAGGACAAAUAUUUUCAAAAUAAAGAAGGACAUUAAUGAAGAAACAGCAAGGUUACAGCAAAUUAAAAAUCAUAAUGAGACCAUUAAAAAAAACUUAAAGCAGAUAACUGAGAAAACCAUGUCUGUAGAAGAGAAAGCUACCAAUUUGGAAGAUAUGCUAAAGGAGGAGGAAAAAAGUGUAAAGGAAGUGGAAGUUCAAUUGAACCUAGUGAAAGAUGUGCUAUUUAAGAAAGUUCAGGAGUUACAGACUGAGACAAUGAAAGAAAAAGCUGUUGUAUCAGAAAUCGAAGGGACCCGUUCCUCUCUAAAGCAUCUCAACCAUCAGUUACAUAGACUGGACUUUGAAACCUUGAAGCAGCAGGAAAUUAUGUACAGUCAGGAUUUUUACAUUCAACAAGUGGAACGGAGAAGGUCACGGUUAAAAGGAGAAAUUAAUUCAGAAGAAAAACAAGCCCUUGAAGCAAAAAUUGUUGAACUUAAGAAGUCAUUGGAAGAGAAAAAAUCUACAUCUGGCCUUUUGGAAACACAGAUCAAGAAGCUUCAUAAUGAUCUUUACUUUAUCAAGAAGUCAAACAGUAAAAAUUGUGAUGAAAAACAGUGCCUUAUGACCAAAAUAAAUGAACUAAACUUUUUCACUGAUAGAUCAGAGAAAGAACUUAAUAAAGCCAGAGCUUUUAAACAGGAUUUGAUGAUAGAGGACAAUCUUUUAAAACUUCAAGUUAAGCGUACUCGAGAAAUGCUUCACAAUAAGGCAGAAGAAGUUCUUUCCCUGGAAAAAAGAAAACAGCAGAUAUACACAGCUAUGGAAGAGCGAACUGAAGAAAUUAAGGUUCAUAAAACAAUGCUUGCAUCACAAAUAAGAUAUGUUGACCAAGAACGGCAAAACAUAAGUGCUGAAUUUCAUGAGCGACUAAGUAAAAUUGAUAAGCUGAAGAAUAGAUAUGAAAUUCUCACUGUUGUUAUGCUACCUCCUGAAGGAGAAGAGGAGAAAACACAGGCCUAUUAUGUAAUAAAGGCUGCUCAAGAAAAAGAAGAACUUCAAAGGGAAGGUGACAGUUUGGAUGCUAAAAUCAACAAAGCUGAAAAAGAAAUCUAUGCUCUAGAAAAUACCUUGCAAGUGCUGAACAGCUGCAACUACAAUUACAAACAAUCUUUUAAAAAAGUGACUCCAUCUAGUGAUGAGUAUGAGCUAAAAAUUCAACUAGAAGAACAAAAAAGAGCUAUUGAUGAAAAAUACAGAUAUAAACAAAGACAAAUCAGAGAACUUCAAGAAGAUAUCCAGAGCAUGGAAAAUACUUUAGAAGUUAUGGAACAUUUAGCAAAUAAUGUCAAAGAAAAAUUAUCAGAGAAGCAGGCUUAUUCAUUUCAAUUAAGUAAAGAAACGGAGGAGCAGAAGCCAAAAUUAGAAAGAGUAACUAAACAGUGUGCAAAAGUCACAAAAGAAAUCCGUCUUUUGAAAGACACAGAAGAGGAAACACUAGAAGAACAAGACAUCAAACUUCGUGAAGUGAAACAGUUUCACAAAAUCAUUGAUGAAAUGCUGGUUGAUGUCACAGAAAAUGCUGAGAUCCAUAUUAUCCUUCAAACAUACUUUCAACAAAAUGGGUUAGAACUACCUACAGCUGGUACUAAAGGCAGUCGUCGGAGUUCUAGAUCGCCUUCACAGACUUCACUGUUAUCAGCAAGGUCAUCUAGGAGCACCACAAGUACUUCUGCUUCUCAGACUUCGAUUAAAGUGUUAGAGCUCAAUUUCCCAGACUCCUUUUCUAGGCCAAGUAGUGCUAGUAGUAGCUCUAGUAAUAAUAGUAAAAGCAAAAAGAGCAACAAAUAA